AUGGAUUCUUGUGUCAUUGGAGAUGUUUUUAGAGAAACAAGCAAUCAUGAACGAAAAGGAAGAUUUACUGUCGAGAAUUUGAAUUAUGUUCAUUGCGUUCUAAUCAGUGACAACUGCCAAUUGAUAUCAAAAGCAACAGCUUCGACAAGUCGCGAUGCUUGUGAUUAUCCUUGUGCCAAAUUAACACUACUACCCAAAAAUUCCACGCGUACUAACCAAAAGGAUAAUUACACUGUUGUGUUGAAAGAGGCAUGUUUCAACACGGAAGCUCGUUUGACGGAUCCGGAAGAUAAUGAUCUCUUACCCAAUGUCAUCAUUUGUUUUGUCUCUCUGGAGUAUAGAGACGAGUCUUUGUUAAGAAUAACAGAAAUCACUAAAAAAAUGGAAGCACAUAGUUGGCGAUGUCCUCUCAUUCUCGUAGCUUUCCGUCAAAACCCUUCUGAAGUCCCUGAUGAGGAUGUGAUGACAGCCAUAAAAAGUUUGGCUCGAAUGUCUUCUGUGUAUAGUUGUAUCGAGACGUCUGGUAUUUCCAAGAAAAUCAUACGUCAUGCUGUUAUUUUGUCUCUCUUAGCUGCUCGUCCAACAGUUGCUGCCAUGAGACAAGUGUCGGAUUUUGUAGUUUUCGACGAAGAAGCCCUCAAAAGGAAAGAGGAGCAAUCGCAACCAUUUCGUCCACGAAAACCAUCCCUGGGUGAGCGGAUCGAAAAAUUGGGAGAAUUAAAGAAGAAUAGACGUAACAAAUCAUGUAAGAUUCAAUAA